CGCGAAUGUCAACAAACCAAUGUCACGGGGAACAGUUGCUCUCCCAAUUUCCCCUUUUUCGACCCCAAAGAUGACUCGGAACGUUCUCUUAUCGCUAUGGGUGAUAGUGGGCGUGGCGGCGGGAGGCGUGGUGGGCGAGGUGGAAGAAGAAAUAGGCGUAGGAGCUGAGAGAUAUAAGAUAGAAGGGCGAGUUGUGAGGCCCGAGUCCUCUUUGGUGAGCGCCGCCGAAUGGUUCGCUUCCACUAAAGUCUUUACUAAUAGUGGGCAUUUUGGCUUUUUAAGGGAGGAUGGGACCUUUGUGAUCAACAAUGUUCCAUCGGGGUCAUACGUCGUCCAGGUGAUGAACCCCACCUUCAUCUUUGAGCCACUGCGUGUUGACAUCAACUCCAAGGGGAAAAUAAGAGCUAGGGCUGUGAAUCACAUCCAGCCAUCGAAUGUUGUACAGAUGCCACAUCCUCUGCGAAUGAAGUCCUUGGGACCUUACCGCUACUUCCUCGAACGUGAGCAGCUGCGCAUAACGGACUUCCUCAUGAACCCCAUGGUAUUGAUGACUGUUCUCCCACUGGCCCUCAUGAUGAUUCUGCCAAGACUCAAUGACCCUGAGACACGCAAGGAGAUGGAACAGAUGCAGAUGCCCAAGAUGGACACCCCAGAGCUCUCAGAGAUCAUGACUUCCCUCUUUGGUGGUGGAAGCACAAGCCACAACCAGGGGGCACAGCAGAAGACCAGAUCGCGCCCAAAUAAACGGAAGGAAAAAUAGACCCAAUGAAUCACUAUUUUUAUCAGCAAAACAAAUUGUGUACCCCUGUGUGUAAAGAACUAUUUAUACAGACUGUCGUGUAAGGGAUAUGUAUCAUUUGUCUGUUGAAGUGUUGCCUUUUGAGAUUGUUUCAUUAGCAAAUAUUCUUUUAUAGGAAAGAAAAUGGAAUGAGUGUUAGGUAGUACAAGUGAGCAUUGUCACAAAAAAAAAGAAAAAAAAAAUUGAUCUAAGGGGCAACAGGAGGAAAUACCACAUGAGGUGUGAGUGGAAGAAUUAAACUUUAUAUGAGUGUGUGUAUGUAUGUGGGAAAGCUAUUUAGAAAAAAAAAAAUCAAUCAAGGAACCACCCUUUGCAUAUUAAAGAUGAAGAGAGCAAAUAAAUAUGUUUUGUCAAAUUUGUUGAUAUAAUAUUUAACAUUCUUUUCUUCCUGGUGUCAUAUUAAACUUUUUAAAGAACAGUCCAAUUCAAAUUGAGUUACAAAACAUGACUUUUUUUUUUUUUUUUUUCCCCCAGACACAUACUUUUGUGAAACUUUCCAAAGCGUUCAAGUGCAAACAUUAAUCUUUUUGUGAUGCUGUAUAUGUGCUUAGUUACAAAUGUUUGAAAAUAAAAGUGCCUACUUCUUUUCUAGUUAAAGAGUUUCCCCAGCGACAGAAGGCAGUUUAACAUCAGUAAUAGCUUGCAUUAUAUGGCUGAACAUUAAUAUUACUAUAUUCCUAUGUUGAAAGUAUAUAAAGAGAAUUUAGUUUGUAAGUGCAGGUAUUUAAAAGUGAUAGUUCACAUUAUGGGGAAAAAAUGAAUGAUGUCAAAAAAAAUAAUUAUAUCUGUGUUUUCAGUUAUAAAAGUGCAUCAAGUUAGCAAUGUAUGGGUAAUGCGUAAAUAUAAGGUAUAUUUUAUCCUUUUUUUCAUGAACCUGUUCAUCAACAAACAAAAAUAUAGUGAUGCAUUUACUAUAUAUCUUUUAGCUUUUGUCUGUAUCAUUCAUACUUCUGGUUCAUGGCAUUGGAAAUCCUAUUUCACAUUGAAGAUCAGACCUAUAAAUAAUUGAACAUCACAUGUUGUAAGUUAUCAAAGUAAUGUGAAUGGGUUCCUGUUGUACUUUGUGAUGCUAUUGUGACAGUUGAAAAGGCAGUAAUGUACUGAAAAUUAUUCCAGUUAUUGCUUGAUUUAUACCCCAGAAUACUUACAUUAGCCAGAAUGAAUCUUUAGACCAGAAAUUAUAACAGUUGAACAUUAACCAUUAACCUAUAGAAGAAAGUGAAAAGAAGAAGAAAUAUACAACUUCAGUUCAUUUUUUAUUGAAAUUAACCACCUACAGUAGCAUGGGCAAAUAUUAAUGUAAUAAAAACAUGAGAGAGAAUGACUAUACCACUCAGUUUGACUGCUUUUGUUUUUUAUCGUGAAUAAUAUCAAACAUCUUUGAAUGAUUUCUAGCAUUUUGUUUUAUUACCAAGUCUCAUCAUUAUGUUCAGCUGUUCACAAAUGGUUAUUAUUUUCUGCAUAUCAAUUGAUUUAACAAUUAAUAAAAUAGAUAAAACAUG